AUGUUGAUUAAAGUACGCACCUUGACUGGAAAGGAGAUAGAGCUCGAUAUCGAGCCUGAAUAUAAGGUCUCGGCAAUCAAGGAGCUCGUCGAGGUUAAGGAGGGUAUCCCACCAGUUCAGCAGAGACUGAUUUUCGGCGGGAAGCAAAUGACCGACGACAAAACUGCAAAGGAAUACAAUUUGGAAGGCGGCGCAACUUUACAUUUGGUUUUGGCCCUUCGUGGAGGGAGGUAG